GGUUUUCCAGACAUCCUCAGCCAGCUGACGACCGUUGGGGAGGUCUCACAGGAAGCAUUUACGGGUAUGCACUUGUUGGGCCUGUUGUGCCUUGACACUGAUAAUGCGGUUGCUUCUUGUGCAGAUCCUGAAAAGGGGAAAAUCGUCGCCACGGCCUCCCUUCUGAUAGAGCGUAAAUUCAUCCGCAGCUGUGGCAAGGCAGGGCACAUAGAGGAUGUUGUUGUGGAUCAGACUUACAGAGGGAAGCGCUUGGGGCAGAGGGUGAUUGAGGCGCUGCUGGUGGCUGCCAGAGAGGCUGGCUGCUACAAACUAAUUCUGGAUUGUGCAGAGGAAAACGCUGCAUUCUAUGAGAAGUGUGGCCUCACAUCCAAGGAAAUCCAGAUGGUGCGUUAUUUUUCUAUUUUAUCUUCUCUGGCGGCUUGA